AUGGCGCACCGUACCGGGGGUCUCUUUAGGGAACUCCGCGGCACGUUGCGUCUGCCUCAAAGUCAGACUAGUUAUCACGUGUCGCAGUCCGAGCAACUGCAUUCGACCCACGAGCAGCAGUUGACGAUACCUUUGGACGGUGCCAGUCAGCAGAAUGGCUGUGCCAAGAGCAAACAACGCAACGGAAUUUCCUCAAAGCUGCGUUCGGGACUCAGCCUGCGAGGCUCGAAAAACCAGAAUCCUCCCAGUGUUUCGGCCGAUGCUCGAAACAAUGUUAAGUGUGUCAUACUCAUGUUGGACGAUAGCAAGCAUCCGUUUGAGGUCCACAAACACGCCAAAGGCAGCGUACUGGUGGACAUGGUCUUCGAAUCCCUGGGCUGUCCUCCAGUAGAGCGGGACUAUUUCGGUCUUCAAUUCGCUGAGAGGACCGAGGACGCUGAUGGGAUGCGAUGGCUGGAUCCGAGCAAAGCGAUCAAGAAACAGUUCAAGCUCAAUCCUCCAUACCUGUUCUAUUUUCGGGUGAAAUUCUACGUGGCCGACCCGUGUGCGCUCCAAGAGGAGACGAGUCGAUUCCACUUCUUCCUACAGAUACAGAAAGACAUACUCGAAGGCCGACUCGUCGUUCCGCAGCCGACGGCGAUCCUGCUGGCCAGCUAUGCGGUGCAGUCUGAUCUGGGAGACUUCAACCCAGACGAGCACUUGCACGGUUAUCUGGCAGAUUUGCGGCUAGUGCCCAAUCAGACGGAAGACGUCGAAGCGAAGAUCGCUGAGCUGCAUCGGAUGCAUCGUGGUCAGUAUCCAUCCGAAGCAGAAUACAACUAUCUAGCUCACGCCAAACGACUUGACAUGUACGGCGUGGACCUGCAUCGUGCGAGGGUAAGCCCAUUGCUACUGCGGAAACACCUCCCAACCUCGCUAGGAGCCGAAUCACAAACGUCGCGGGCGAGCGUUAACAAUAAUAAUAACCAUUCGAAUCAUCAUCAUCACCACGCAUAUGCUAACCACCAACAACGACACCAACAACGACAACAACAACAACAACACAACCACGAUCAGAGCCAACCGGCGAAUCAUCGACACUCUCAUCCGAUACCGAGCAACGUUGAGCAGCACCAAGAUGCGCCUCGACGUCACACCCUCACGCGGGGCGCGGUUCUGUUGAGCGGGCAUUCGAUUCGAAAAAGCAUACGCCGCUUGCCUCGAAUGGUUGCUCAACUCACGACGGGUGGCCGUAUGGGCGCAUAUGGUGCAUCGAUGAACGCUUCGGACGAGUUUAUCGUCUCCAAAGGCGUUUGCUCGGACGCUUCUGGAGGGAAACAGUCCGAUCAGCCAAGGAGAGAAGAGGGCGAUUCCGGAAUCAAAGAUCUCGUCGAAGGUUUCGGCAACGGAGUUUCUGCCAGUGAACUGCUUAUCCCGCUCUGCAUGGAUUCGAAACAAGCGGAGAUCCAGCUCGGGGUGACUGCGCAGGGUCUAGUCGUUUUCCAGAAUAACAUCAAGAUGAACACGUUCUCCUGGGCAAAAAUCAUCAAGAUCUCGUUCAAGAAAAAACAAUUCUUCAUUCAACUGAGACGAGAAGGCGAGGAGGAAUUCGACUCUUUGCUGGGUUUCAACAUGCAGUCGUAUCGAUCGUGCAAGAACCUCUGGCAGUCAUGCGUUGAGCACCACGCUUUUUUCCGUCUACAAUCGACCAGCCGUAUCUUGCCCUCUCGAAAGCUCUUCCACGGUGGACUUUUCCAUCUGGGGAGCAAAUUCCGGUACUCAGGAAGAAGUGCUUUUGAGACGAUGCAAGAAGCCGAGCUCAGACAGCGCGAAAAGUUGGAUAAUUUGGCGAACAGUGCAGGAGGCGACGACCUCAGCGCUGCAACCGGAGCAACCGGCGCCGAAACGUGGAGGGACUUACGAAAGUCCCCAAACUACCAAGGCCCCUCUACCCUCCAAGCUCACUCCCACCAAUCAGGCGGAACUUCCAAGAUUCAAUUGGACCAGCAGCAGCAGCAGCAACAGACGAGUCGAGAAGCCAGUCCGCGUCGGGCAGCCAAUGGACAUUGCACUCCGUCGCACGUUCGGAGUCAUUCGCAGCCUCACAAGACACCACUCACGCCCUCACGUUCACACCCACCGCACGCAACUCAUCUGCCGCAACAACAGCCACUUGUGAAAGGGAGGGGGGCCUAUAUGUGUACCACGGGAGUUCCUAUCCAAACACCCCACUCAGGGGGGGCAGCAGUGGCACAGGCGCCAACGACGGCUUCCGCCAUGCAGCUGCAAUCCCACCACGUCAGUUACGCCGGUGCUUCGGCAGGAGUGCAGCAAGUUCAUCCGCGGCCUUCGCAAGUUCAAGAUGACGCUCGUUUGAAUCUCACCCCAAGGAAAGCUUGGACUGAGAGUCCCACUCAGUCGCAGGUAUGCACUGGGGAACUCAAUAGGUCACAGCAACUAAUCAACAACAAGUGCCAAAACUCAAGUGCGACAGGUGAAGAGAGCCUUCUGGAAAGUAUAAUGAAAAGCACAGGAUUCGCUCCGCAAGCUGUCCGAGGCGAACCGGUUCGAGGCCUGCGCUAUGCCGACGAAGAGGACUUUGACGAACCACUUAAGGACAACAGGGCAGCGACCACAAGUCCGGCUACGGAACAGAUUUGCACAACCAGCAAUGUGGUUUCCAUGGAUGGCCAGCUGCAGGCUUACAGCGAUGUGGGUCUGGGAGGUCUGGGAGGGGUCGGCACAGCGCAGUUGGACAAGGAUUCACUGAACAACAACACGAACAAUAUCAACAACAACUCAGUUAGCCAAAACAAUAAGGCCCACAAAGAGGUGCAUUCUCCGACGUCCACGGUUUCCUAUCUCAGUUCGCCUUCGACCGAUUCCGUAGGUUCAGCAUCGCUCAUCAGAAUCAAAUUAAAAGCCGAUGCACAGGGCAGGUUCGGAUUCAACGUCAAAGGCGGUCUGGAUCAAAACAACAGUCCCAUCGUGGUGUCGAAAGUCGUCCCAAAAACACCCGCGGACUCGACCGCACCGCGUCUCGAGGAAGGCGAUGAAGUAGUGGCCAUAAACGGUCACGAGGUUCGGGGUCUCACCCACGAGCAGGUCGUGAAACUCAUCCGGAGUUGGGUCGAGGACACCAGCCCUUGCAACACAACCGGCGGUGGAAGAUCGGGAGCUUCGCCAAAUACCGCGACGCCUCUGACAGCCGCCGACAAGGAAACAUCCGGUGUGCUGAGAGACAGUGUCGAGAGACCGCAGCGGAAAAAAGAAAAGAAGUCGACCGGAGUUUUUGGGGAGAUCGUGUUGACCGUUCGUCCACAAGCUUUCCUCUUCCGGAAAGGAGCCGAAACAGAUCUCGAGUCAGAGCCGGACUUUCAGUACAUUCCGCUGUCAUCUGAUGAUCUCGAAUCUCCGCGAGUAGCUUCGGCGGCUAGCAAGCCGCUCCAGGAGUCCAUGCUGCUCCUGAAGGAGAGCUUACACAGCGGGGCUCUCGUAGCUCAAUUCGAGCAGCUAUAUCGGAAAAAACCCGGGAUGUUGUGUGAAAUGAGCAAAUUAGCGAAGAACGCUGCUCUGAACCGAUACAAAGAUAUUUCUCCAUAUGACAAGACCCGUGUGGUCCUCACAGCGGACUCUCCCAACGGGAACGAUUAUAUCAACGCUAGCUAUGUUAUUAUGAAAGUUCCGAGCUCCGGCAUCGUCAAUCGCUACAUCGCAACGCAGGGUCCCCUCCAGAACACGACAUUAGAUUUCUGGCAGAUGGUGUGGGAGCAGCAGAGUACAUUGGUCGUUAUGCUGACCACUCUGAUCGAGAAAGCGAGACUGAAGUGCUACAAAUACUGGCCGAACCUGUACGAAACUCAAACGUUCGGACGACUGCAGGUUUCCUGCGUCGCCGAGCAGGAGACGAGCAGUUUCGCGUUCCGGGAAUUCUCACUCAUCAACGCGGACAACAACGAGGAGCGACAUAUCAGCCACAUGCAGUACCUUGCCUGGCCCGAUCACGGUGUUCCGGACGACGCCACGGACUUUCUCGAGUUCAUCGCCAAGGUCCGCAGCAAUCGGGACGCUAUGGUCGAGCCCACUAUCGUCCACUGCAGCGCCGGCAUAGGACGAACCGGAGUUCUGAUUCUUAUGGAAACCGCCAUGUGCCUGAUCGAAGCGAACGAGCCUGUGUAUCCCGUCGAAAUCACGAGAACCAUGAGGGACCAGAGAGCGAUGCUCAUCCAGACCGCUAGUCAAUACAAGUUCGUUUGCGAGGCGAUCCUGAAAGUGUACAGAGAGGGCAUCGUGAAACCGCUGCCCGAGUACCAGAGGUGAAACUGACGACGAUCUUAGCUGAGAGAUGGCAAACUUGCGAGCGAACCACACGGCGACUUGGACGUCACGGAUGUCGCCGACUGGAAUCAAAACUUCAUCUAGUCUUUCAAGUUGACCUACCAGGCGCGCACAACUCUGCUCAGCCCCGCUCCGAUCAGUGGCGAGCAGCGCGUCUUCAGAUGUCACACGAGCACCAGUUUUGUCCAACUUUGUGUCCGAUCUCGAUCAGGGUGUGGCACCGUACUUUAAAUAUAUCUUCUAGCCUAGCUUUUAACUUGUACUCAGAGGGUCCUGAAUAAUUUCUCACAUGAGCGGAAUCCAGGUCUCUUGAAGCAAAUGCCAUGAAUCGAUCUGGAACAGACUACCCCGUGGAUGAUUUAUUGGUUAUUAUCUCUCUGGUGGUUCCUAGCCGUGGAGCGACGCGGUUUUUUUUAUCGCUUUGAGUUUCUCAUCUUCAAAAUAUACAGUAGUCACGUCACUUUAUUCCGAUAGAGCGCGCGCCACAAUAUUGAAUAUGUUCAGCUUCGUAGAGAGAAAUUGGGGAGAGGACGGAACAAUAGAGAAUAUCGCUUGAGCGAAUGCGAGGGCGGCACGCAUGCUACUAAAUUGAUUUGGCGCCUCCCGUUGUAUAGAACAAAUCUCGCGUAGAACAAAACGAAUUCGGAGGUUUCUUGAGAGAGCCGUCACCGAGGGGGAGUCUUCAUACCCUGGCUGCUAACUCUGCUCCUAAGCCGGGUGCAAUGCUCUGUGUUCCUAGAUACACUUACG